ACUAUUUGCCCGAUUUGCCGCUUGAUUAAAAUUACGGCGCAAGACGGCCGUCGAACGGUGGAGUAAAUAUUUUAUUUGUACGUGAUAUAAUAUCGAGCGGGAUUAUAUAUAGCGAGCGUCACACAACACGAACAUGAAUCCUGCGGAAGCCGAAACUAUUGCUGACCUGGUUCAGAAUAUGAUUAUUUCUCUGUGCGGCGAACAAAAGCCAGAGUCGAUCAGAAGAUUUAUGCGUUUUUCCCUUGGCUUAUUGUCGUCUACUCAAGGCAUAGAAACAUUGAGAGAGGAUGAAGUGACUGUAGCAACGUAUAUAAAGAGUAAAUUAUCGCCACGUGAUGCAGUGCAGUUUGAUAAGCUGCACAAUGAUUUGAAAGAUGGGCCACUGAAGAAUCGUACGAGCGUUCUAAUAUUCGUACUGAACAUGGGCCAGUCGGUGGAACAAAUAAAGGACAAAAUCUUUUUGUUUCCAGAUAUGAAAUCGCAGUUAAGCCCAGUCACGUCCACUAGUGGACAAUCGUCACAAACGUUAUGUUCUCAAGCACAAGUUGUAUCGUUAAAUACCACAGAGACAAAUUCGAAAGGACUAUUAACGAAUCCAAGUAAAAUAUUCAACGAGGAGUGCGUUUCAGAAGAUGUACUAGUCCAGGACUUGAUAUAUUCCUUUCAAAGUGUCGAAGGGAAAGUUUUAAAGUUAGAUUCCAGCUAUGGCUUUCAGAUAGAUCCCAUAGCAAAAAUUAAUAGAUCACAAAAACAAGCUGUUUUAAGACUAAGCGAACUGGGAUACCUGCAUAGCAUAGUACGAAAAGGAUUAGAGAGAAUGUCUGUUGCUGGUGCAGGCAGAGUUACCGAUAGUUUCGUUGCUGCGUUACAUAAGGAACUGUCAGAAUAUUACAGAUUCAUAGCCAUAAUGCAAGAAGAGGUGAAUAGAUCACAAAAUCAAAUGAUUACAUAUGGAGUUACAUUGUCCCGUUUACAUCUUUCCGCAUGCGAUCCGUUGGAAACUCUAAAGUGGUUAGCGAGUAUAGUAAGAACUUGCCAAGGCCAGAAAGGUGGUGCAUUAGCAUCUACUGUUUACGAGUUCAGCUAUCACGGGGAUGUCAUUGUGAAGAAUUUAGUCAAAAGAGUUUUGGAAAGUGUUUGCAAUCCCCUGUACAACAUGUUAAUGAGAUGGAUCGCUGAUGGGGAGCUGGACGAUCCGUACAAGGAGUUUUUUAUUCAAGCGUGCAAUGAUGUUAGUGGCGACAGAAUGUGGCAUGAGAAAUAUCAAGUGAGAAAUUCAAUGGUGCCAUCCUUCCUUAGUAAAGCACAAGCAAGGAAGAUUCUAGGAACAGGAAAAAAUAUUAAUUUCUUACGUGAAGUUUGUAAAGACUUUUCACCGUGGCAAGAUAGACACGCAGAUAUGUUUAAGAAUAGUGAUGAGGAAUAUAAUGUUGAAAUCUUUUUCGAUAUGGAUCCAGACGGUCGUCUGCAAACUAUGAUGGAUGCUGCUUAUAAAGAAACUUCAACAAGAGUUGUUGAAAUAUUGACAAAACAAUAUCAUCUGAUGGAUCAUUUGCAGGGGAUUAAGGGAUAUCUCUUGCUUGGCCAAGGCCACUUUAUUCAACAUCUUAUGCACUUAUUAGAGCCUGAAUUAGCCAAACCUGCAAGUUCUUUAUAUCCUCAUAACAUGACAUCUAUACUUGAAACUGCAAUAAGAGCAACCAGCACAAAGUUAGAUGAUUUAGAUGUGCAAAAACGUUUAGAUGUCAGACUAUUAGCCCCUUCAGAAAAUGAAACAGGAUGGGACGUCUUUAUUUUAGAUUAUAAUGUUGAUGGACCUAUAGGAACGAUUUUGGAGCCAUGCAGACAGACGUAUCAAACGGUUUUCUUUGCUUUAUGGAAAGCAAAGAGAAUGGAGUCGAUUUUAUCUGCUAUUUGGAAGCAACAGACAACGUCAGCGAAAAUGUUUAGAAAAAUGCCGGAAGUAUUGCCCAUCCAGAAUCAUAUUCAUUUAAUUACUAGUAGUAUGGUUCAUUUGGUCCAUCAAAUGCAAUAUUAUUUUUUAUUUGAGGUAAUCGAAUGUUCUUGGGAUACAUUUGCAAAGCAACUUCUGCAGGCGUCAUCUCUUGAUGAUAUAAUUGCAGCUCAUAAUCAUUUUGUUGAUUCUGUACGACAUGGUACAUUAUUGGAUGAAAAAUCGCAAGAACUUAUGGAUCACUUACGCUCAGUCUACAGUCCAAUACUAGAUCUCCAAAAUCUCGAGGAAUCUUUCCUUGCGCGUGCUACACAGGAAUACGAGGCAAGAUUAAGUGCCGAUAAUUUUAGGCAGGAACAAACGAAAAAAUGGGGUCGUACAAAUAAAAAAGAUCAAGAAAUUGCAAAAAAAGAGGCAGCAUUUUCAAAAUAUCUGAAUACACUUUCAAUACAAUUGAGACUACUUUCGAGAACCUAUCAGGAUCGUGUGAAAAAAUUUCUAUUAAUGCUUGCUUCCGCUGAAGAUGUGUCGCUGCAGUUACUUAGUGUACGAUUAGAUUUUAAUGAAUAUUACAAGAGUAAAGAUAGCCGACUAGUUGUGCCAUUAACAUAUCAACAUCGCAGACAAAGUGAUCAGACUUUCUUUGGAUGCAAGUGACAAUUGGCAGCAGAAAUUUUAUUUGAGACCUUUAACGAUUCAAGUUACCUUUCAAAUAAAUGCUGUACCUCAACUGAGCAGAAUCCAUCUGACGUUAAUAGUAAGGAUACAAGCAUAUUUGAUUUUUCCAACAAUCGCCCUUCAUUUUGUUCUUUAUAUUGAUAUCAUGAUACCACCAAUUUUUUUUAUAGACCACACUCAUCCAAAAUGACGACAGAUGUCAAUGACUCUGUCGCUUUGCACAAAAAAAGAUGUAGAACCAAUUUGAGAAACGCUGA